AUGAAGGAUUCAAGCGACAAGCAAUGGGCCAAGGCUUACAUUCUUGACCCAUUGAACGAUAUUGAACCAAAUCAAGACACCGGUAUCGGCGCAUCUCACAAUCUUGCUGCUCAACUUCGAAACAUUUCUCUCGAAGGCCCAAGUUCAAACGCAAACUCAAACUCAAACAGAGACCGUUCUCCCGAGAGAAGGCACAGGCACAAAUCAAGUCAUUCGAGCCACAGACAUCGCCAAGGCAGCUAUCCUACUCCGCCAACAUCUGCCAGCCCAACUCGCGACAGCUUUCAUUCCUCGAACCCUUUCUCCGACGCUGCAGCUGCGCGUCGUCAAUCUUCAGCUCCAUCAGUGACUGUAUCCCCCCCGGAUUCUCCCCCAGGUCCAUCCGAUACUCGCCGUGACCCAUUCACGUCCUCUGUCAAUCGGUCAGCCAGUGCUAGAGUUCCGCCUCCGCGUAAUCGCCCUCAAGCUUCACACAAUCGCAGCUUCAGUGCCAGCAACUGUGGAGUUUCACGCCAGCGCUCACUGAUCCAACGAUACCCAGGCGACAUGUCUCACCGACCUCUCGACAUCCUUAGAAAGGAGGCUCGCGCAGCCGAUCGCGCCCCCCAUCUUCGUCGCAAGCAAAUGCCCAUGACAGACACUAUUGAUGCUCUGGACACCAUUGGCGGGAUGUAUCAUCAUGGCGGCCCGUAUGACGCCACUCUGGCAAGCCGCAACCGCAACAAGAUGUACUCGCCCGUUGCUGCUGUUGAAGACUCGAACCGAGAAGCUCUUCGCGCUACUCCCAGAGAAAACAUUCAAGAUGCUCUGCUCAAAAAGAUGCCGCUCCAAGGCACUGCUGAUAUUCCUAGCGGCGAACGGGACAUGAGCGGUAACACCAUAAAUUACGAAGAGGGUGCUGAUCUCAUGAGAGAGCCUGACGCUGUUGGUGGCGCAUACAAGCGUUGGGAUGGCAUUCAAUACCACCCUGAUGACCUCAAGGGCAAGGGCGAACCCUCUUACACAUAUGAGAAGGACCUCAAGGAACAAAAGCGUUUCCACCGAGGUGAACCCGUCGAGUACGAGCUCUCAUCAAACAUGCGAGGCAGCAAACGCCCACCUUUCAGCCACAACCGAAGCUUCAGCGAGAAUCCACGAACAACACCCGAAUUCUCAAACGGCACUGAUAUUCGGCGCCACAACUCCACAGGCAAGCACCGCCUGAGCGACGGUAUCCGACGACGUUUUGGCAGCAUGCGACGCAAGAAGGUAGAGGUCGAGUAA